UUUCUCUCUGACUUGCUGUUAGAGAUUGAUGGCAGCUUAUGCAGCUCUGACUUCUCUCAUGCAUAUCUUAGAUGAUAUCAAGCAUCAUCCUUCCCCUCCGAUUUCUAUCCACGAACAACAACUUGAAUCCCUCACUCAAACUGUUACCUCCUUCCAACAAUUUCUUGAAACCUAUAUUUCCCCUGUUUCCGACACAAACAAAGCCGAUCCGUUGGAGAUUCGUAUUGCAGAGGCAGCAUAUGCAGCCCAAGAUGUGAUCGAGUCCCAUAUUGUAGACAUGAUCAAGCUGCGUAAAUCCAGCGGAGCUUAUCAUGGACAAAUACACUCGGGAGGAGAAACCAGUACUCAAAGUAAAUCGCUUAUGUGGUCCAAUCACUUUGGAUGUCUAAUGAAACCCAUAAAUCAUGGCAGGAAAAUCAGUUACGUUGAUAAUCUUUAUCGAUGUUUGAAGAAAGUUAUAAAAGACAUGCAUUUGGUCAAGAAGGAGGCGAUGAAGAUAUACGUGGCCGAUACUCAGCUGCAUAGAAGUAUCUCAACAUCUGGUGGUUCAUCAAGAUCUUCCAUCAUGGUGGGCUUUGAUGAUGUUUUACUUGAAAUCAUGCAUAAGCUCACCAACGGAGUAGACGACCGCCAACUCCAUGUCCUCCCUAUUGUAGGGAUGGGAGGGAUUGGUAAGACCACUCUCGCUAAGAAUGUUUAUGCACAUCAGUAUAUUAAGGAGCAUUUUGAUAUUCGCGCAUGGGUUACAAUUUCUCAAAAUUUUGACACAAGAGAAAUUCUCUGUGAGCUGCUUUCUCAAGCCAACAAAAAAAGCAAGGAAGAAAUGAGUGAAAUGAGUGAAAAUGAAGUAGGAUUAGCACUCCACAAAUAUUUAUUCAAUAGAAGGUUUAUAAUUGUUAUGGAUGAUAUGUGGAGUGUUGAUGCAUGGGAGAAGAUGCAACAUCUCUUUCCCGAUAAUUGGAAUGGUAGUCGUGUAAUGGUGACGACUAGGCAAUCACAGUUGAGUUCUCAAUUGAACAACUAUUACUGCCUUCAGUUAAAGUUAUUGGAUGAGAUUAACAGCUGGAAUCUAUUCUCAAACUCUGUGUUUGGGGAGAAAGGUUGUCCACUUGAAUUGGAGGAAAUUGGAAAGAAAAUUGUACAGAAUUGCCGAGGACUUCCUUUAGCAAUUGCUGUAGUAGGAGGACUUUUGAAAAAGAUGGAACACACUGAAGGAUGUUGGGAAUCCAUAAGAAAAAACACAAGUUCAGUAGUGAAUUCGGCAGAUGAAGAUUUUUGCUUGAAAAUUCUGAAAAUAAGCUACAGUAAUUUGCCAGCGUAUUUGAAGCCAUGUUUUCUAUACAUGGGAGUGUUUGAUGAAGACCGUGCGGUUCGUGUCUCAACACUUGUCAAGUUGUGGGUUUCAGAAGAGUUUCUAAGGCCACGAAGUGGGAAAAGCUUGGAAACGAGCGCCAAAGAGUACUUAAAUGAGCUAGUUGAGAGAAAUCUCAUUCUAGUUCAUGAGUUAGGGUGUACUGGAAACAUAAAGUACUGCAAAGUUCAUGAUCUAUUGAGAGACCUUUGUUGCAGAGAAGCCGGGAAAGAGGAGUUUUAUCAUGUGAUAGGGAAACAUAAGUCUCAGUUAUUAAACAGGCAACGUCGUGUUGUUGUUCCUGGAGGCACUUCAAAGGAUGAGGUUAGUGAUGCCUUACACUCUAUGCCUCUUGCUCGUUCUCUUCUAUAUCAUACCAGGGAAGUUGUUCCGAUGCCCGAGUCAAGACUGCUGAGGACACUGAAAGCUUUUGAUACAGAUAGAUGUGGAAGCCACGAUUUUCUGUUAGAUGAUUUGUUCCAAUUUGUUAACUCGCGGUAUAUUGCUGUUGGAGUUCAGGGGAUGCCUAAAAUCCCUCAUUCAGUGAGUUUUCUCUGGAAUCUACACACACUUAUUAUUUUCCAUUAUACAUGGGUUGAUCCACCAUUGAACUGGGAGAUGCCUCAUCUUAGGCAUAUUGUGUUUCACAAAGGACAUUUGCAUGUACUAGAUACCCUCAGGAUGCACAAACUACAAACGCUCAAAGGAGUUAAUGUGUACUGGUCUCUGGUUUUGGAUAUCCCCAACAUAAAGAAAUUGGUUGUAACUGCUGGAAAAGUUGGAAAUCUUGAGUCUAUGGAUAAACUGGAGUCCUAUCGGAGUUAUGAUAAUAGGAAUAGGAAUAUCUUCUUUCCACACUCCCUUAUGAAGUUAAGCUUGGGAUCACACCACUCCAAUUGGGAUGUGAAUGAAGAGAUGCUAAAAAACAUAGGUACAUUACCUCUUCUUCAGAAGCUUAAAUUGGAACAAGCUGAUUUCCAAAACGGCGUGUGGGACACACGUGAAGAACAGUUCCCCAGCCUCAAAUUCUUGGAGCUGAAAUGGUGUCACUUGGUAUCCUGGAUAACAGACAGCUCUCACAUCCCUUGCCUUGAGAAACUUCGUCUUUAUGCAAUGAAAAAAUUGGAGGAGAUCCCUUGUGAAAUUGGUGAAAUACCAACGAUGCAAUCAAUUCACUUGGAAUAUUGCAGCGAAUCAGUGGUGGAGUCUGCCAAGGUGAUAGCAGAGGAGCGAGAUGAAAUACGAGUUCGAGCUGUGCUCUUUAACAACAGCAACAACCAAGCAUUACGGAGGAGCCUCGCAGGCCCCAACUUUCAAGUUGAGAUAGACUAUUUUUAUUCUGAAACAUUGAGAUGUAAUCUCUCUCUCUCUCUGUUUGUUCAUGGACUGAUGAGGCCGGUUAUGUCGGAAGUAGUUCUUGGGGAUGUGCGGAUUGACACCAACUGUUUUCAUUGUGUUCUGUUUUGAGCGUUUUUUUUGGCAAGUACUGUUUGAGCAUGUUUGCUAGUUCCAUUGAAUCUGUUAACUCUUAUUUUUGUUGCUACCAGUUGGCAUGUUCAUUUGC